AUCUUCGCACACGCAGUCAAGCAAACUUUAAAAACAAAAAAGUGGGGCGUCUUACUGAAUUUCAGAUAUUUCGCGAUUGCUCCGCAGUGCCAGAUUUUGUGUUUACGGAGCUCUACUCAUUUUUGCUCCUCGCAGAAAAUGUCUCUUUCUGAUCGGGUAGAUUGAGCAAAUAAGGACGAAGAGGAAGCCAAAAACUGAGAAAAUCAAAAGGCCAACCUUUUAUUCUUGAGGGCGUCUUCACGGCGAUGGUAGGAGCCGUCAUAGCGUGGCUUUUCGGCUUCUUCAUGCUCAUCGGUCUGCUUCUCCUUGUAAUUUACCAGCUGGUGUCCUUAUCGGAUCUAGAGUAUGACUACAUUAACCCAUAUGAUUUAUCUUCACGGAUAAAUGCAGUGAUUUUACCAGAAUUUGUACUGCAAGGAACCUUAUGUCUGCUCUUUCUUGUAUCGGGGCAAUGGAUGUUGUUUCUUUUUUCUGCUCCAAUGCUCUACUACAAUGUGAGAUUAUAUCUGCAGCGGAAACACCUAAUGGAUGUCACUGAGAUCUUUAACCAGCUCAAUGGGGAGAAGAUGCGUCGCCUCGUCAAGCUCAUCUAUCUUGUUAUCCUUCUCUUUAUAUCUUUAUUUUGGAUGGUAUGGACUUUGUUGGAGGAUGACUAGUUGAAAAUAUGCCACCAUCUGUUACCCAACGGGCACGAGAUUUGGUUUGCAGUCAAAGAUCCACUUAGGUUAGAAAUCUAGCACUAUAAAUCCAACUAAUCAACUAAAAGUUAGAAAUUUGUUGUCUUUGCUAUGCGUUUACAAUUUGAUGAAUUGAUUUGUGUGUCAAUUGUCUAUGAAGAAGAGCUAUAUUACUGCUAUGUAUUUCCACAAGCUCCUGGAGCUGGAGGGGGAGCUAAGUAGAGUUUUUGAUUUCCUCUUAGCAUCAUGAAGACUGCAGAAGUCUGUGUUUGUGGUAUUAACUAUUAACUAAUUUGUUUGUUUUGCUUCUCAUCGAUGUUUGAUCAGUUCUAGGCAGCAGCACAAAUUUAUAUUCUUUAUGGAAUAGAAUGAAAACAGUCGGGUUUUUUUUUCUUA